AUGUGCGCCACAUUCAUCCUACAUGCCCCACUCGACGUCGUAGAGUCUACGCUCCGUCCAUCGUCAACGGACAGCGGCAAAACCCAACACAUCAACCCCAAUAGCGACACUCUACGCCCCACGCAAUUCAUGACAACCGUGUGCCAAGGCCUACUCCAAUUCCUCAACAUGGACUUUGACAAAGCUGACCACGCUAGCCCCGAUACCAUCCCCCUCGCCUUAUGCCUCCUGCUCCGCUACCGUAUAGCGUCUUCUUCUACGUCCCAGCGUGAAGACGAGGGUAAGUACGAAUACGCUAUCUCAGAUGAGGAUGGAAGCGAACUCAUCACUCUCCCUAUACCCUAUCCCACUUCCAGAUCAUGUUAUCGACCAGAGAUGAGUGAUGCAACGCUUGUUGCGGUAGCGGUGCAUACCGCGUACAAGUUCCUGGUUCACGACUGGGUGAAUUUGGAGCAUUGGGCUGUGCCGCUUCAGCUGAGCAGAUAUGCGCUGCUGGGAGGUGAGAGAACGUUUUUGAGAGUGAUUGAGUAUGCUGUUUGGGUGAGGCAGGAAGAAUAUCUGCAGAUGAAGGGUAAACUCGAUGACUUGUGGGAAGAGGUGUUUAAGAAGGCGAGCAGACCGGCGCCUCCGGAUUUCGUGAUGAAGAGGCUGAAGACGAAGGGAUGA